UCCCCUCUCUUUCUCUCUCUGCAUCUCUGGCUUCUGCUCUGAUGGUCCUUCCGCAGGCCUCUAUUUUUAUCCCUCUGACACACCCCCUGUGUCCACUUCUCUGUCUGUCUGUCUCUCCCCCUCCCGAUUCUCUCGGGUCCCAGCUCCUGGUCCCAAUUAGUGGGUGGCCGCCAAGGCAGCGGUGAGGCCCCCACCCCCGGCUCAUUACCGCUGGCAGCUCCUAAUGAGCCUGAGGGGGGCUGACCCCGCGCCCCCGGCCCCCUGGUCUGCGUCAUUGCCCACUGCGGGGGUUGUGAAAGCGAUAUAAGGGGGCUGCCAGCCUCGCUGCCUGCGGAGCCCAUUGUGCGGUAGGAGGGGGGGCCUGCAAAUGGGCUGCUGGGAGUGGCUGGAUGGUGGGGCAGGGGUUCUGGGCCAGAACAUGGGCCUCAUUGAGCUCUUUCCUGUCUCUCCACAGGUGAUGGAGACCCACCAGGUACCCAGGAGCCCCCGGGUGCGGCUGCUGCUGCUGCUCCUGCUGCUUGUGCCCUGGGGCCACCACGCUGCUUCAGGAAUCGCCCUGCCCCCCGCGGGGGUCUUCAGACUCCGCACCCCCGACGGGGCUUGGGCGGGUCCCGCUACCCCGCAGUCGAGGCGGAGCUUGGCGCUGGCGGACGACGCGGCCUUUCGGGAGCGCGCGCGGCUGCUGGCCGCCCUCGAGCGCCGCCACUGGCUGAACUCGUACAUGCACAAGCUGCUGGUGCUGGACGCGCCCUGAGCGCCCUGCCCGCCCCACCUUAAUAAAGACCCUGCUG